CCUCUCUCUCACACAUAAAAAUUAUUCUUUCAUCAUUGCAACACCUCACACAUCUCUCUCUCUCUGGAUGUUUGUUCCUUAAACAACACCAGAAAGCCAAAAAAAAAUAACCCAAGUUCUCUUUUUUUCCCUGGUUUAUUUGGAUCUCAGUGAACAGUAUUUGAGACCCUUAAAAUGAACAAUAAAAGGGAUCUCAGUGAACAAUGUUUGAAUCGGAUCCCUGAUCUCUCACUGCAUAUUAGCCCCCCAACACUGCUCCUUCCUUUGAUAUUUGGCUCAAAGACGAUGGCGAUACUCAUAGUUCCCAAGCAGAUACCCAGCUCUCCUUAUCAGCUGGUGCAAGUAGUUAUGAAGAUCAAACAUGGCACAGAAAUGUUCCCAAAUGGGGUCAGCUAAGUAAUAUAAACCAUGGGAUUUCAUUGCUUGAUGUUUCUGGACUGAACCCCAUCAAGGGGAUCCCGGUUUACAGUAACCCUAUUUCGUUCCCCUUGCACUCGGCUGAUGCUUAUAGAAUAGGAAGUACAGCAGCUGCAGCUAGGUUUAAUGGGGUUUCACUGGAGAGAGCAAGGCCACAGUUUCAUCAACAGUACAACCAAUAUGGCUUGUCAAUGGGGAGUUCGAGAUUUAUACCUAAAUUACCGAGCAAAAGGAACACAAGGGCACCCAGGAUGCGUUGGACCAGCUCUCUCCAUGCUCGUUUUGUUCAUGCUGUGGAGCUCCUUGGCGGCCAUGAAAGAGCAACUCCCAAGUCUGUGUUGGAGCUAAUGGAUGUCAAAGAUCUAACCCUCGCCCAUGUUAAAAGCCAUUUACAGAUGUAUAGAACUGUUAAGAGCACUGACAAACCUGCAAUUUCCUCUGAUGGGUGUGCAGAAGAAGAUUGUUUGCCUGUUUCCAGAAAUUCAAUGAGUAACAACUCAUCCAGUGGGGGAGUUUGGUGUUCGAGUUCGAGGAAUCCAGACAAGUUUAGCCAAUCAUCUCAACCCGAAAAACAGUUCAACGGAAGCAACUUUGGUCAACAAAACUCAACGAUGUCAAACGUAGAGCUUCACAGCCCAAACUUGGAGAUCAGCUUAGGAACACCACGGCAGACACAGUAA